AUGGGAAUGCAGAUGCCGUCUGACCCAUCCUUCAAGUGGCCCGCGGAGUGCACAAAGCCCAGCAUGUUCUCCAUGCUGGUCAAGAAGGUGACCACCCUGAUCAAGGGCCCCUCCGACGAAGAAAAGGACCGUGACCUGAAGGAGAGCACAGUCAUCCACCUUGAGGACGCCACCGAGCCUUGGGAACUCAUCCCCACCAUCAAGGACGACCCAUGGACUGUCGUUGUGAAGUCGCGCAGCAUGCUCGGAGAGUUCAAGGACGGCAACGGAGACCGCCAGUCGCACUAUGAACGUGCUUACCAGCACGAAUUCGACCGUCAGGUUGUGGUGGCCGACCGCCUUGCUCUGCGUGAGGCCAAGAUGCGUACCGCGAAGUAG